CUCAGGGCGCAGUAUGAGUUCUUGAAACUACAUGAUGAUGUCACUGGCUCGUCCGGUUAGAACCUCGGCGCCGGGCAAAGUCAUUUUACACGGAGAGCAUUCAGUUGUUUACGGAAAAAUUGCUUUCUCCGCAAGCUUAAAUCUCCGCACUAGCGUUAGUUUUCACCCUGAAUGCGUGUCCAAGAAGCCUGGCUUGCUAGUGUUUAAAUACACUGACAAGAACUUAAAGUCAGAUUGGUCCUUGAGCUUAAGUACGCAAAAGCUUCUUUCCCUCCUACAAAGGGAAAAAGAUUUGAAAUUUUCUAUGUUGGAGGAUAAACAAAAGGCUCCACACUUUGUAAAUAAAGAUCUGGUUCACUUUAUAACUAAUUUUUUGGAAGAAUAUACCUCGGAUAACACAAAAUUGAAACCCCUGCUUGUAUUUUUAUAUGUCUAUUUGCUUCUUUUUCUUUCCCACGAUAGACUCAGUUUAAUAGGUUCGGUUGUCUCUGUGAGUUCGGAAAUACCAUUGGGUGCCGGUCUUGGAUCUUCAGCCGCUUACUGCGUUGCGCUUAGUUCAUGCCUCCUUUCUUCAAUAUCUAUCAUCUCGUGUCCGCCGGCUACAGGAGGUCAACGCUUUUACCGUUGGCCUCAAACUGACCUAAAUAUUAUCAACAAAUGGGCUUUCCUUUUAGAAGCACUAAUCCACGGGGUACCCUCGGGAAUUGAUAAUACCGUUUCUUGUUUUGGCGGCUGUAUAAAGUACUGUCGAGACUCGAGUAUAACUUUAAAUAUAUUAGAACGAUGUCGUAUACUGCUGGUCAAUACACUCGUCUCCAAAGAUACCAAAGUUCUUGUGGAAAAAGUGCGCCAGCGAAAGGAAGAGUUUCCCGACCUGAUUCAAUCGAUUAUGGCCUCAAUAAACGAAAUUUGUGUUCAAUUUGAAAAGCUUUGGUUCGCUUUGAGUCAAACUAGUGAAAGGGCAAAGAGGGACUCGCUUUAUUCUAAAUUAGAAACUUUGAUCGAUGUGAAUCAGAAUUUAUUAAACGCUCUCGGGGUAGGUCAUCCCUGUUUAGACAAAGUGUGCCACUUAAGUUUGAAGUACGGCUUGCACGCAAAGUUAACAGGAUCUGGAGGAGGCGGUUGCGCUUGGAUACUCUUAACUGAAGGCACCCCGCAGAAAGUUGUCGACAAUCUAACGCGAGAUCUUCAGAAUGAAGGAUUUGUUAGCUGGGAAACAAGCAUUGGGGAACUCGGCGUUUACCAAGAAUUAUAAUAAAGAGAUCAGUUUGCAUC